ACAUUAUUGCGGAAGAGAGGGUGAAUGAUGCGCUGAUUCUGGUGCUGUGCCUCCUCCGCUGUAUGUUUGCAGGAAUGCCGAGCGGCGUGAACUACAGCGAGUUGAGCGGGAGUCUUCCGGCCAUCGCUUCCCUCAACGCGUCGUAUUCCCAGGCGUCUCUGUCUCUGCCCUCGCCUUAUUACCCCCCGCUGCCCCCGGGAGAGAGGAAAGCCAUCUCUGAUGUGCGCAGAACGUUCUGCCUCUUUGUUACGUUCGAUCUGCUUUUCAUCUCCAUGCUCUGGAUCAUCGAAUUAAACAUCAAUAAGAGUAUAUGGACCAGCCUUGAGUAAGAGGUCGUUAACUAUAACUUCAAGUCGUCUUUUUUUGAUAUCUUCGUUUUAGCUCUGUUCAGGUUUCUAUGUUUGCAGCUCGGUUAUGCCGCAUUUCGUCUGAGACACUGGUGGGUUAUUGCGAUCACUACCCUGGUGACCAGCACCUUCCUGAUCACUAAAGUCAUCUUGUCUGAUUUGUUUAAUCAGAAUGCCUUCGGCUACGUUCUUCCGAUCACCUCUUUUGUGGUGGCGUGGUUGGAAACCUGGUUCCUGGAUUUCAAAGUGCUCACACAGGAAGCAGAGGACGAGAGAGCGUAUCUGGCAGCGGUUAACGCCGCGUGCGAGCGUGCUCCUAUGAUCUUCCCUACGGCUGUGUCUGACGGACAGUUUUAUUCCCCACCCGAGUCCCUGGCAGGAUCUGACGAAGACCUUGAUGAAGAGGGUCUUGGCAGGAAAGCAGUAACAGAACAAGAGAAAGGGUUUGUGAGACAGGGACGGGAGGCCAUGGCAGUGGUGGAACAGAUACUGACACAAGAGGAAAACUGGAAGUUUGAGAAGAGUAGUGACCAAGGAGAUGCAGUAUAUACACUAGAAAUCCCCUUCCAUGGGAAGACAUUUAUUUUAAAGGCUCUCCUGCAGUGCACAGCAGAGCUGGUGUAUCAGGAGGUCAUUCUACAGCCAGAGAAGAUGGUGCAGUGGAACAGAACUGUGUCUUUGUGUCAGAUUCUGCAGCGGGUGGAUGACAACACGCUGGUGUCAUAUGAUGUGUCUGCAGGAGCUGCUGGAGGCGUCGUGUCUCCCAGGGACUUUGUAAAUGUUCGUCGGGUGGAGCGCAGGCGAGACUGCUACGUCUCUGCAGGAAUGGGAACCAAUCACAACAGCAAGCCGCCAUCAGGCGGACGCUUCGUCAGAGGAGAGAACGGUCCCGGUGGGUUUGUGGUGUUGAAAUCCAGCAGUAAUCCAUCCGUUUGCACCUUCAUCUGGGUGCUUAAUACAGACCUCAAGGGUCGCCUGCCACGUUACCUCAUCCACCAAUCACUUGCCGCCACCAUGUUUGAGUUCAUGUCUCAUCUCAGACAACGUAUAAAUGAAGUUCAACUGACGUACCGGUGAUGUGAACCGUCCAACACAUCGUACAUCACACUGUGCCAUAGACUCUUCUGUCAGACGUUUGACUGCGCUCGAACUAUUGCAGCACAUGGGCGGACGGAUAUACUGUCAACAAACAAGAGGACAUCAGAUAAAAUAGACAGGACCUAUGGAGGAAAUACGGUAAAAUAAUUUGUGCCUAAAAGCCACUGUCGUUCCUCAAGCAAAAGGACUGAAAUGAGAAGGCUUGUUCAACUUCUGAGCCAAACAUGCUGUGAUUUCUUCUGCUUUUACUAAUGCCUUAAUCCAGACAUGCGUAUACAUUAGUCAGAAAUACUGUUUUAGUUUGUAUGGUUUGUAAUCGGCUUAUAUUGCCAAGCAUAGAUGCUGUAUUAUUUCAUUGUAAGGAAAUAUAUACAUCUAUAACGUUUGCUCAUGAUAGUAACUGUGAAUGUUAGCGAAAUACUGACAUCAUGCCUUUAUUUGUUAUUCAAAUGCAUAAAUUGUUUUGUCGUGGGUUAAUCUUACAGAACCGGUUAAUAAUGGUGAUGUGCUUAAUUGUCAAUGCAAAUACAUGAAAUCAUAACGGUCCAAAAUUGGGUUCAUUUUUUCAUCAUUCAAGGUGAAUAUGAUCUAAACAAGUUUUCAUGAGAUUCACCCGCUAAUGUAAAGGGGUUUGAUCACGCAUAAUAACCGGUUUAAUGCUAUCUUUGACAUUUGUUGUAGCUCUGGUGGACAGAAUUAUAUUCUGACAUCUACAUUAGAUUUUCCUCCGUAAAUGGCAAUCAGAAACUCAGUUGAAUGAAAAGAACAAAACAGACCUUCGGUUGAAAUGUGCACAUUGUCUGAUUAUAUUCUUUAUCAUAUUUUUGUUUUCUUGUUUUCACAGAGAAUUACUGUAGACACUUUACAAGUCCACAUAUGUCAUAUUCAUACAGAAACCAGUUUAAGUCACCAAACUUUACGUUCAGUACUUUCACUAUUGCAUGUGUCCUUCAUGAACUGAGGGCCUUGGAGUUAUUUUUAAUAUUUGUUACUUUGAUGGAGAGAGAAACUGCUCUAUCUGAUGUAUUACAGGGUAUUGGGUUUAACAUACAGUAAUGGCACAUUACAAAAUGUUUUGGUUACUCGGUAAUACAAAAAAGUGUGAAUGUUGCCUGAUGACAUUAAAACGGCCUUCUGUGCUUUAUAUUGAAGCUCUUGUUUGUUUAUUUGUGUGCCUUUGUUACUUUUAGCCUCACUUGAAACACGGGUUCAGAAUUUCUCGUUUUUGUCCCUGUUUUGGUCUUCACAGACUGACCGUGUUUGCUGACACUUUUUAUUUUCGACGAACUUGUUGCAGUUCUGUUAUUUUUAUACUGUUUUCAGGAAGGUCGUGUAAAGCUAUACAGACAUUUGUCAUGUCAUUGAAAAGGUUUUUAAUGAUGAUUCAACGUUUAAUAAUUAUAACAAACGACUGAUGUGGGAUGCGUGUUACCGAUGGUGGAUCUAAAGAACAAAAAUAAAAGUAGUGGCUCUAAUAUUGAAGCUGUACUUAAAAUGUAUGAAAGUACAUUAUAAAACGGGACAGAUACCAGAAAUUGUCUUUAUUUUGAAGGAAAGAGAUUUGCUUUGUCUCUUACAAUGGUGUAAGAUUUGCCUUAAAAUAUGUGCUUGUGCUUUCUUUGAAAUAAAUACUUUGAUCAUUU